GUCAUCAGGACCAGAUGCCUCAUGCCCCUUGCCUCACCAGUUUCACUCUCCUGGUGCGUGUGGUGCUUGUUGCGGUGGCGGGGAGUGACGGCUCCUGGUGGUUGUUUACUUGGUUUGUUAUGAGUCUAAUUACUGUAGACGGACAAGGCACAUCUGGAAGACACAUGGCUGCUGGGGACAUUGUCGUGUGGCGUCCUAGUGAGUCAGUGGUGCCGAUUUCGCAAGACGGUCCUCGGUUUGGGUCUCAAUGUCUCUCGCUGCCAUCUCAGGACCCCGACAAAUUCCCAGGGAGAAUGAACGUCGUCGGGAGAGAAAGAGAGAGAGAGAGAGAAAGGGAGAAAGAGGGCGGGACUUCAUCCACCGUCGGGAACCAAGCGUCUCCAGUUCCCGCUGUGCCACACCUGUCGUCUGCGGGACAUGAGGUGUGCUGUCUGGACUCCAGCAGCAAGGAUGAUAAUGAGAGCCGUUGCUUCGCCGCCUCAGCCCAACACGAGCACCGGGAGUGUGGGCAUCCAGACCGGCAAGCUGACAACACCAACAACGAUGGCGGUGCCUCAAGGGGGGGCUGUCCGGUUACUCCUCGUUUUUCUCACCUCGAAGACGAGGCUUACAUCGAGCGUGACAACUGUGGCCGAAACCAUGAUGACGUUAGAGCUUCCUACUUACUGCUUACUGCUCACCAGCACCCCAGUCAAGGCGAGCCAGUCCAAUUAAAGCGAACGUGACCAGUGAGCGGGCCUCGAGGAGCGCCUGCCUCGCACUCCCAGGCACAGCAGCGAGUCCCGGCUCGUCGUCAGGGUCGGCCAGGGAGGAGAACAAAGCCGGAUGAAGGGACGUGAGCUGCGUGUCCCCCAAGGUAGAGGAGAGCAUUGGAGGGGAGGAGCACCCGCCUCUCAGCACAGCUAUUCCGUCACGCCUCGCCGGUCACACCUCACGGCCACACCUCUGGCCACACCUCGCCAGGCACAUCCCACAGGCCACACCCAGCAAGUCACAUCUCUUUCUCACUCUGCGUGCGUGUGUGGAACAUGGAAGAUGAACUGGAAGAUGAACAAGGAAAAAAAAAAAAACCGAUGAACAGAUCAAAGUUUAAUUCGUGUUCACUUAACGCUUGCAACCUGCUGUCCAAGGAAUUAUCUAACUUGUAUAAUGUAAAAGUUUCAAAAUGCAAAGAUGAUUUAGCUUUCACAGGUGUCCGAUACUCCCCUCUUGAAAGCAAACCAUUUAACUCAUAGGACGGUGGAAAAAGAAAGGAAUGUGAUUAUUCCAGAGUUUACCAAUAAAAGGGAUAAAGGAGUGAGGGUGCUGAUAAACUUUUAUGUCAGGGCGAUAGACAGUAUAGGCAUGGGAGUGUAGGAGUGCCGACCAGCGUGUCUUGUUCAGUGGUGCUUCUGAAAGGUGUAGUACAUUUUGUUAUCAGUUUUAUAACGUCAGUGUAAAUUGAAAUACUAGAAGAGGCAAGGAAAAAGAUGUUGCUGUGGUAUGUAAAUGAAUAGUGUAGUUACUCAGUUAAUGGAGAGAGAAACUAAUAAAAUGAACGGCGUGUAGAUUCUGGGCAAAACUGACACCUCUUCCUCUUCUCUCCUCUUCUAUACAUGAAGAACUAUAUGUCUUACACUAUAUACUUAGC